AUGUUAAGUUUAUUAUAUCCAUCUCCUGGGCUUGUAGUUCAUGGACUAAAGUCUCUUCCUUCUCCACAUACUACUCCACUUCCAUCACUUGUUGCUUUAAUGCCCGCAUUACUUUGGAGCUAUUUACCAACUUUUCUCAUAGAAGAGUUUAUUCACUUUUUUACUUUAAGGCACUUUAUGCGUGUUCAUAAUUCCAUGUGUUUAAUUAUCAAAGGACGACCAGUUUUGGAAGGUACAAAAGAUGAUGAUUGUUGUAGUACAUUAGAAAAUUAUUGUAAAGUUCCUCAUCAUGUGGCACAUCGAAAUUGUAUGUUUAAAUGGUAUACAAUGGGAAAUACGGGUUUUGUAUCUCGUUUAGCGUUGCAAAAUUUAAAUCUGAGGUUGACCAAUGCAAGUUUAUUAAGACCAGUUCCUACUUGUCCGAUAUGUCGUGGAGAAAUUAUAUUUAAAGUUAUUCAAAAGGAAUUUUUAGAAAAAGAAAAGGCAAUUCAAGGAAGGUGGGGAAACAAAAACAAUUGGUUAUGGAAAUUAGAUUCAUUGAUCAAAGAUUGGAGAAAUGUCAUGAAUUGGCGUUGGAUCGCUGUGAGAGCUGAGAUCAUGGUCAUUUAUAUUUUAAUAGUUUGGAAAUUUUUAAAAUGGAGAGAAAAAUUAACGCGAAACCUUACUUAUUAUAAUCGGACAUAA